AUGGAUUUCGACGACCCCAAAAACACAAAGUCUUACUCUGAUGCACUCAAGCCAUAUCAGCCGGGAGUUGACAAGCCCAGACUGGCCCAUGCAGGCGUUGCAAGAGCCAAUCUUGCUGCUACUCAUGAGCGUCCUGAGGGGACGACCGAUAAUGAUUGGGCUGAUCGACAUCGCGACCAAACCGUUCUGCAACAACAUUGCGAUUUCUUUGACAAGGAUCACGAUGGCGUGAUAUGGCCGCUCGAUACAUUUAGAGGUUUCUACCAACUGGGUUACGGGAUCAUCCUUUCUAUCAUCUCGGUCCUCGUCAUCCACGGCAACUUCUCAUACCCAACACAGUCGUCGCUUCUCCCUGAUCCCUUCUUCCGAAUCUACAUUGACAACAUUCAUAAGGAUAAGCAUGGCAGCGACACUGGAACUUAUGACACUGAAGGACGCUUCAUUCCACAGAAGUUUGAGGACAUGUUCUCCAAAUAUGCGGAAGGUCGUGAUUACUUGACGAUAUGGGAUGUCAUCAGCUUGAUGAAGGGGCAGAGAUUGAUCGCUGAUCCCAUCGGAUGGGGAGGAGCUUUCUUUGAAUGGUUGGCGACUUAUAUCUUACUUUGGCCAGAUGAUGGACGUAUGAUGAAGGAGGAUAUCAGAGGAAUCUACGACGGGAGUGUCUUUUACAAGGUCGCUGCUCGAAGGGCCCAGAAGUGA